GUUUUCAUGCAGAUACACUGCAUCUAGCUCGAUUGCAGGAUAGCUCCUUGGCCAAUUGGGAGCAAGAUGUCCGCUUUAUCGACGAAUUGAAUAUGCACUGCAACUUCGAGAGCCAAUUCGAGGCGGAAAACAUGCUGCGAGAGCAGCUGAUGCACAAUUUUGCUUGCGCAGGCGUCAGUGAGGAACGUCCUGCACAGUCCUCAUCUGAGGUCGAGGCUAGUAUGCAGGAACAGGAUAUUCUUACGGCUCCUGGCGAAACAGAGGAAAGUGUUCAUUUAGACUGA